CCUCUUCUUGCCGCACCUGCACCUCUGGUGGCAGACCGCGCCGCCGCAGCUGCGAGCCACGCUGGUGAUGUUGCUGCGCGACCUGCCGCCCGACCUGCCGCUGCUGCUGCUGGCCACGGCCGAGGUGCCGUACGGCCAUUUGGAUCCGGAAUUACGGCAGCGGGUGUUCCAGGGUGCGGACUGUGUGGUGGCACUGCAGCCGCCUGAGGAGCAGGCGCGGCGGGAGAUGCUGCGGGAACCCAUCAUGGCCGCCGCAGAGCCCGUGGACCCCGCCCUCCUCGCACUCGGCACCUCCGAAACCACCACCACCGGCACUGCCGCCACCUCUGCUGCGCCGCCUCUGCCCAAGGACCCCACCGUGGCUGCUGCACGGGAGGCGGAGGCCCGCGCCGCGCAGGAGCUAGCGGCCCGGCGGGCUUACGAGGAGGAUCAAGCGGUGCUGCGGGCGUUGCGAAUGACACUACGCGGGCUGACGCUGUCGUUGCUGAAUGACAGGAGGUGGAAGCUGUUUUGGGCGCCUGCAGAUGCGGCAGAUGAUCCGGAGUACUGGAGGGUGGUGAGCAACCCCAUGGACCUGGCAACUGUGCUAGCCCGUGUGGACGGACGCCAGUACGCCACCGUCAGUCAGUACCUCGCAGACAUUGCGCUCAUCGUACAAGGCACCCGUGAAUACUUUGGAGACACGGCACAUGGCGUGCGCUACACCAGCCGUGCCGCCUCCCUGGCGGAUGAGGCGGCGCACUUGGUACGGGUGCGGGUGCCCCUGGAGCUAGCCAAGCGCUGCGAAGAUAUUGCGGCGAAGGGUGGACCCGCGCCGCCGCCGCCGGGGCUCGAGCUGCCGGAGGAGCUGGCGGCGGCGAGGACGAAAGCGGCGGCGGCGGCAGCCGCCGCUGCGACGCGCAGCGCCGGCGGCGCCGCUGGGGCAGCCGGUGCGGCAGGUGGUGGCGGUGGUGGGCCAACGACGCGGCAGCGGGGAGGGCAUGGCGGCAAUGCGGACGCGGCGUGCUGCAUCAUGUUUGACGACCCUGAGGCGUUGUUGAGGAAGGUGGCGAGGCAUGGGCCGCGGGAGAAGGAGCCGCAGCAGCAGCAGGGCUCGGCGGCGGGUCCGUCGGGGCUGGCGGGGUCGGGCCAGGUGGAGGUGAAAGAGCCGCAGGGGGCACAGCAGAAGCAGCAGGGCAGCGGCGCUGGCGGCGCCGGAGGGGCUGCAGUUACGGAUGCGGCAGCAGGGGCAGCGGCGACGGGUGGUGGUGCGGAGGAGGAUACGACGUCCCCUGUACGGCAUGACACCAGACCCUCAACGGCUGCGUCAGCAGAAGGUACGGCGAAUGGCAGUCAGGACGCUGCUGCUGCUUCCGGACCGAGUACGAAUGGGCUGCUGCCUCCCAUAGCGCCAGUUAGUGGGGCCGUCAGGAAGCACCACCGGCGGCAGUCAACGCCUGCGGUGGCAUCAGCGGCUGCAGAUGCCAUGGAGGUGGACGCUGCUGCUGCUGCUGCAAGAACGUCUACUGGUGGUGGUGGUGCUGCUGCUGCUGCUGACGACGACGCUACAAGGCCGAGCCAGCAGCAACAGAGACGGUCACGACGCUCGAUGGGCGCUUCCGCUGCUGGCACGUCUGGGGGCAUUGCGAUGGAAGUAGAGGGCGGAGCCCGGGAACAAGGGCAACAGGCAGGGCGGCAGCAGCAGCAGUCGCAACAGCAGGAGGGCUCAGAGGGGCAGCAGCAGGAGGCGACGGCGCAAGACGCCGUCGAUGAGGAGGCUCUACGGCAAGCGGAGGCCUUGCUGGAUCGCAUGGUGGAGUGUACGGCAGGGUGGUCGUUGGAAUCUCUAGAAAUGCUGUACGGCCGGGCGGCGGCGGUUGUGGUGGAGCAUGUCCGUACAUGCGACAGGCGGCAGGUGGUUGCGGCGUUGGAAGAGGCAGUUGCUGGUGUUGUAGCUGGUGCCGGGAGAGUGAACGGGGCGGGCGAGCGGUGAAUCCGGACCAGGGCUGGGAUGUGCUACCGGUAGGGGCGUGCUACCUCCUCUGGGACUUCCAUGUUGUGUCCGGACUAGAGGUCAGGGGGGGCCACCUGGUUGCCUGGCAGGUUCCGCGGUGCUGUGCGGCGGUGUCAGGUGGGUGUUGUGUGCGGUUUGUGGUGGCUUGGAGGGCCUUGAUGUAGAUGGGUUAGCGCGAGCGCUCUUGUGCUUGCUAGUUGCUACCCUUCUAGCUGCAGUGGCCGCGAUGCAGUACCUGCUUUUGCCAGCGGUGGUGGCUUUCCCUUUGGGAGUUCGCAUUCCUGCUCCGCUUCCUGCAUUCCUUCGACAGGCUCGGACACAGACAUGUAGGAUUGGGAGACCUUUAUUCAAUAACCUGACGUCCAUGUCUCGUGGAACAUGUAUAUUGAAAUGGGGCUCGGGAUACCAGCCCAUCCAUUGCUUGUGCUUGUGCUUGUACACGAUGUCACUGAUCUCCUCGGGCGGGCCUUUGGGGUGUAGGAAACGCAUGCACGGAACCGCCUAGCGUCAUACGUUUCCCCUGUUAGCAAGGGGAAUGGCCCCAGUGAAAGGUAUAUCCCACCAUACUAAUAGUGCCUGAAUUGUUAGC